AUGUCUGUGUCACUCCUGAAGUUCCAAGCAGGAAAAAAAGAAGAAUGGAGCAAACAAAGUAGUGAAAUACUUGCUUUCUACUGUUCAGAGACACAGAACGAGAGCUUCCAGGCAAACUUGUCCAACUUAGAGAAGAAGCAGCUUUGCAGGAUUUUGAAAAAAGAGAAAAGGAACUUCAAGAAGGAAAUUAAAGCCUUCUGUCAUGCCCAUAAGAAUUUCCAUGAGAUCAAAGCGUUUCAUAAAGAGACCAAAGCUAAAGCCCUAUGGAAGGAAAUAAGGAUCUUCAGGGAAAAGAACAAGUCUUGCAUGGAAGAAAUUAAGAAUGUUUUAGAAGACAGCAAUACACAAGACAGCAUCCUACACGAGAUUAGGGACUUCCAGAUUUAAAAAAAAAAAAGGGUUUCCCAAGAACAAGCUGGUAACGUUCAGUAAAAGCUUGAAAAAAUCUGGAAGAAAAUGAAGGCUGCUAAGGAGAAUAUUGAGGUUCUUGAAGAAAGGAAUAAGGCUGGUCAGGAAGCAGUCAGAGCUUCCCUAAAACAGAAUGAAGAUACCCAAGAAAAGAAUAAAUCCCUGUAAGAGAAGAACAAAAUCCUGCAGGGAAAGUAUAAAGCUCUGCAGGAAAAUAACAAGGCUUUCUGGAAGGACUAUGAUUUCUGGAAGAAGAACAAGAUCUGGGAGGAAGAGUUGGCCAUCACAAUCAGCAAACUGAUUCUCUGGGAAGAAUGUAUAGCUCCUGGGCAGAAUGACUGGAGGAUUCAAAAGGAAGAAGGAGCUCUAUGGGAUGUAAUGAAAGUCCUGAGAAAUGUAUAUAUUCCUCCAGGAGAAGAAAAACUACAGGAAAUAGGAGAGAACAAUCUUUGUGGCAAUUAUGGUCCAGAUGUGGACAGUAGAAAUAAAACACUGGAGUAAAUUAAGAGAUCUGAAGCACAACUUCACCUCCAAUGA